AUGCUAUUCUCCAACUUGGCCACGUUCUUGCUUCUUCCAGCGGCCAUUCGUGCUGCGGCGGUCAGCAACAGUACAGGAGCAUGCAACAACAGCCCUUCAUUAUGCUCAAAACCAUAUGAUCAAGUCACCUACCUUGGAGCCCACGACAGCCCUUUCCUACGGGACGAAUCGACCGACUUCUCGACAAGUGGCAACCAAUACUACAACAGCACCGUUCAGCUGUCAGCUGGCGUGAGGCUGCUGACCGCUCAGGUUCAGAAUCCGGAGGAUAGCAAUGCGCUGCACGUAUGUCAUACAUCAUGCGAUCUGCUGGACGCAGGCACUCUGCGUGAUUGGCUUGCCGAAGUCCGGACGUGGAUGGAGUCGAACCCAAACGAAGUCGUCACGCUGUUGCUGGUCAAUGGCGCGGAGGCCACUGGAAGCGCACUCACCGCGCAAUAUGAGGCUGCCGGCCUCGCGAGUCUAUCUUACACACCCUCAGGAUCCUCAAGCACGUCGCAGGACUGGCCGACCCUCCAAACACUCAUCGACAGCGGCACCCGCCUCAUCAACUUCGUUCCCGACCUCAAUGAUGAUUCUGGUGCUGCCUACCUGAUGAAUCAGUGGAAUUACGUCUUCGAGAACGACUACGAGAAUACCUCGCCUACGGAUUACAGCUGCGAAGUCAACCGGCCAGCCAAUUUUGUUGGUAGAACAUCUGAAGCCAUUUCCAAGGGCAGAAUGCCUUUGAUGAACCACUUCCUGUAUGCUCAAUCCGGAGGAGAGAACUCGCUGUUCACUAUCCAAGAGCCAAACGCGACGUAUACUCCGACCACCAAUGGCGACAGUGGGACCGGCAAUCUGGAAACGGCAGCGGACGCGUGCAAGCAGGAGUACGGUCGAGCGCCUUCUUUUAUUUUGACCGACUUCUUUAACGUUGGCCCGGCCAUCGCCACGGUUGACCGCUUGAACGGCGUCUCGAAUCCGGUGGGACGACGGAGGGUGUCAACAGCCAACGAGGCACCGUCAUCUGGUGCAGCUGCCAUGUCGAGAAUGAUGUGGGGUCUGAGUGUCCCACUGUUGUGUGCGUAUGCGCUGCUAUGA